CUCAGUCUAAUCCGAUCUUUACCUUCUCUCCUCUGCUGUAAUUGAAUUCCCUUCCCCCACCUCCCAAAAAUUUUACCUCACUUUCUUUCGCCUUCCCUCAUUUUCUCUUUCUGGGUUUUAAGUUUUCACAUUGAUUUAUAUAUUCAUUCAAGUCCCUCAAUUUCUUUUCUCGCUAGAUUCAAGCUCCAUUUUCUAUCCCAUGCACCUGUAUCUCCCCAAUCUAGCAAAAAACCCUCCUAGAUUCUCCUAAAUUUAAAAUCUUUCAACUCACAUUUCUUUUGCUUGUUAGCUGUAAAAAGUAGCUCACAACCUCAAAACCAAAAACAAGACAAGUGUUCUUACAAAGCGAGAGAGGCAAGAGAAGGAAAAAAAGACAAGAAACCAUGAAAUUGAAUGCCCAGAAAGAUCCAGAGAAGAUAAUCUGGGAUCAAAUGAGAAAUCCGUCUGCCAACCCAAUUUCUGGGCCACAAACCAGAACCUUACCAAAACUCAUGGUAUGGCUAAUCCUCCUUGUUUCAGUCUCUUAUGUUGUUUACACACUCAAGCUUGUUUCAACUUCACGUGCUUGCAAUGAUGAGCCCUUCACUACAAAUCAUCAUCUUUCUGCAAUUCCCCACAACAAUUCCUUACCUUUGAGUCAAAAUCACACUUCUCUAGCCAUUCACAGAAGAGAAAAUCACGAACCCCGUCAAGAAACUGGGUUGCAACACAUAGUUUUUGGUAUUGCAGCGUCUGCAAAGUUAUGGGAACAGCGACAAAAUUACAUCAAGAUUUGGUAUAAACCUCAAGAAAUGAGAGGCAUUGUUUGGUUAGACGACAAAGUGAAGAAUCAAGGAAGAGAAGACAACAAUUUGCCACCAAUUAAAAUCUCGAGUGAUACAUCAAGAUUUUCUUACACAAACAAACAGGGUCAUAGGUCUGCAAUCAGGAUCUCCCGGAUCGUGUCCGAAACAUUGCGUCUCGGGCUAAAAAAUGUGCGGUGGUUUGUCAUGGGAGAUGAUGACACUGUUUUUAUAGCGGAGAAUCUUGUGAGAAUCUUGAGAAAGUAUGAUCAUAAUCAGUAUUAUUAUAUUGGAAGCUUAUCAGAAUCUCAUUUGCAAAACAUUUAUUUUUCUUAUGGAAUGGCUUAUGGUGGAGGUGGUUUUGCUGUUAGUUAUCCGUUAGCGAAAGCUCUUGAUAAGAUGCAGGAUAGAUGUAUACAGAGAUACCCAGGGCUUUAUGGAUCUGAUGAUAGAAUGCAGGCUUGUAUGGCUGAACUCGGUGUCCCACUCACUAAAGAAGUUGGCUUUCACCAGUAUGAUGUGUAUGGGAACCUGUUUGGACUCCUUGCAGCGCAUCCUGUUACACCCUUGGUCUCGUUGCAUCAUCUUGAUGUUGUUGAGCCCAUUUUCCCAAAUGCAACUCGAGUUCAAGCCCUUCGAUGGUUAACAGUGCCAAUGAAGCUUGACUCUGCAGGGUUAAUGCAGCAAUCCAUUUGCUAUGAUAAAUCCAAGAGGUGGACCGUUUCUGUUUCAUGGGGCUUUGCAGUUCAAAUUUUCCGAGGGGUCUUUUCACCCCGCGAGAUAGAAAUGCCUUCAAGAACAUUCUUGAAUUGGUACAGAAAAGCAGAUUACACAGCAUACGCAUUCAACACUCGUCCAGUCAGCCGAAACCCUUGCCAAAAGCCCUUCGUGUUUUACUUGUCAAAGGUCAAAUUUGAUUCUUCACUUAACACAACUGUGAGCGAGUAUUCCAGGCAUUCCGUCCCACAUCCUGCAUGCAAGUGGAAGAUGGCCGAUCCUGACAAAAUUGAGACAAUUGUGGUUCUCAAGAAGCCUGAUCCUCAUUUAUGGGAUAGAUCUCCAAGAAGAAACUGCUGCCGUGUAAUGAACUCAAAGAAGAAAGGAAGUGUCAUGAUUAAUGUGGGUGUCUGCAGGGAUGACGAGAUCAGUGAAGUAUAGGGGGGAGAGGGUAAGUGAAAAGUUUCAAGAUAGGAGCCGCUUCCCUUCUUUCCCUUUCAAAUUCUUCGUUCUUUAAUUUAUUUUUUUAGUUACCAAUUUUGUACGUGUAACUGUAUUCCAGUGUAGCCCUUUCCAAAGAAUCAUUAGAAAAGAAAUAUGUUCAUAUAUAAAACACUGUGGCUUACACAUUUUAUACAUGUGCUAGAUGUAGUUUUCAAUUA